CAUUAAAAUACAAAACCGGGUCCGGUACUUGUUGUUUGUCCAAAGCUUGCAAUAAGCAUUUUUAGAUCCCUGCAUUUAGGCAUGGCUUCCGGGGAAAAAUUGCACAUAGUAAUGUUUCCUUGGUUGGCUUUCGGUCACUUACUUCCCUACCUGAAGCUAGCCAAGCUCAUUGCUGAAAAGGGUCACAAAAUCUCUUUCAUUUCCACUCCAAGAAACAUCCAUCGCCUCCCGAAACUUCCCCAUGAUAUAGCUCCUCUCAUAAAUCUUGUCAAGAUUCCACUGCCUUGCACUCCAAACCUCCCAGAAAAUGCAGAGGCAACCUGUGACGUUCCAUUCAACAAAGUCAAGCAUUUAAAAAUCGCGUAUGAUCAGCUUCAGGACCCUGUUACUUGUUUCCUAGAAUCCAAUUCAGUAGACUGGAUACUGUGUGAUUUCGCAUCUUACUGGCUUGGCCCUGUAGCUUCAAGGCUUGGUGUUCCAUGCGCGUUUUACAGCAUCUUCCCUGCUUCCAUCUUGGGAUUUUUUGGCCCUCCAUCUCAGAUGAUCACUGGGGAUGAUUAUCGCGUGAUUCCAGAAGAUUUCACUGUAAAGCCUAAGUGGGUUCCGUUCCAGACAAGUGUUGCAAUGUCGCUGUACCAGAUUCUUGUCCUAGAGCCUAAUUUUGAAGCUGAUGAGACGGAAAAUGUGUCUGAUCUUUUUCGUAUUGGGAAUACUAUUCAGAAUUGUGAUAUAGUAGUGAUCAGAAGCAGCACCGAGUUUGAGCCAGAGUGGUUAAAAUUAGUUGAGGAGAUUUAUAAAAAACCGGUGAUCCCAGCUGGGUUGUUACCUGCUAUUGAUGAUGAUCAUGAGGAUGAAUACUGGGAUGAGAUAAAGGAUUGGCUCAACAAACAAGCACGUGGAUCAGUAAUAUAUGUAGCAUUUGGAGCAGAGACGAAGCUGAAUCAAGUUCAGGUGACUGAGUUAGCCCUUGGUUUAGAGUUGUCCGGGUUGCCUUUCUUGUGGGCACUAAGAAAACAAAGAGGCUUGACUGAUCCGGAGCGAAUUGAGUUGCCAGAAGGGUUUGAGGAACGAACGAGAGGGCGUGGGAUGGUUUACCCCACUUGGGUGCCUCAGGUCAAGAUAUUGAGUCAUGAUUCAGUGGGUGGGUUGUUGUUUCAUUCUGGUUGGAGCUCAGUGGUAGAGGCGGUGCAGUUUGGAAAAGCGCUUGUAUUGUUGCCGUUUCUGGGUGAUCAAGGUCUUAUUGCUAAGCAAGUAGAGGAGAAGAAGUUGGGCUUAUUGAUUCCAAGGAACGAAACAGACGGUAGGUUUACAAGGGACUCAGUUGCAGAGACAAUCAAGUUGGUAUUGGUGGAUGCAGAAGGGAAAAUAUACCGAGACAAAGUGAAAGAAAUGAAAGGUAUAAUAGGCGACAUGGAUAGGCAAAAUUAUUAUGUAGAGAACCUAAUUGGUUAUCUACAGAACCAUAAAUCCAUGGGAAAAUAAGAGGCAUUUGUGUAAAAGUUCUUUGAUUACAAAUAAAUAUCUCUGAUCCAGAACAUGCUUCUGAGCGAGAUACGCUUGUAUAUUUGGUGAGGUUUUGCUUAAUCUGGCCUUUUGUAAUUCUGUAUAAUUUGUUUGUACUCCAUAGCAUUCACAUUGCAAAUGGACAUUCUAUUGUAUUUUGUAUGAAUUCUGUAA